CUCCAGACCACGCAGGCUGCUACGAUACAGGGGGAUACAUAUCCAUCGGCUUCCCAGCAACGACCCACCCACGUCCGCGUCCGCGACGUCACCCGGCGCGGGACAUGGCGUCGGCAUCUCCGCCUCCCCCCACCGCCGGCGCGCGGCCCAAUCCCAGCAUACCCUCCUCCUCGUCCCCCUCCUUCUCCGCCGUCUCCCCCCGCGGCCCCAUCUCCCUCUGCGGCGCCUCGAGGGCUUCCUCCGUCUCCGUCCAGCAACGGCGGGCACCCCCUCUCGCCGGAAGGUCGCGCCUACCAGGCCUCAUCCGCUGCUCUGAUGCCUCCGGCGAGGUUGACGCAGUUAAUAUUGAAGAAACCAAGCAGCCACAAGGAGGCUCGACCGGGGAAAGAAAUAAUGGCAAAGAUUUGUUCAGAAGAUUUUCACCUAAAGAGUUGCUAGAACAAUUGAAGAGAUAUGGUGCUGCUGGAGUUUUAUCAUAUGGACUACUUAAUACUGUGUAUUAUGUUACCACCUUUUUAUUAGUUUGGUUCCAUUUUUCGCCUGCUCCUGGUAGGAUGGGCUAUGCUGCAGCAGUGGAGAGGUUCCUUAAAUUAAUGGCAAUGGUGUGGGCUGGCAGUCAGGUUACGAAAAUUCUUCGCGCAGGAGGAGCCCUUGCACUUGCUCCUCUUGUUGAUAGAGGACUGAGAUGGUUCACUGUGAAGUUCAACUUCCAGUCAGAAGGAAAGGCAUUUGCGACGAUCGUAGGGUUAUGCUUUGCACUUGCUGCGCUUAUGUUCGUUGGAUUGACAGUACUUUGGGCAUAGUGCAUAUGUUGCUGAUGACAGUCAAGGGAUUAUGGCAAGAUGUUGUGGAGGUACAGCCGUACAGGCGUUCAACAUUCACAUUUAGCUGAUAGGCUUAGUUACAACAUUUUCAGCAUAAAUAUUCCUGUAUCAAGGACCUGUCUGCAGUGUUCUUUAGUCCUUGUAAUGCAAACAGAGUUUGUGGUGGUAAUGGAAUCUGUUUUGAUGUUUAAACAGCCUCUGGAGUCAAACAUGUUGAUGUUCUUCUUUCUA